CCAAAACCCUACCUUCGCCUCCCUCCCUCGAUGUGUUUCUCGCCUUCUCUCUUCCCUCUUCCCUCUCAUUUUCGUCAGGGGCGAUUGCGAGCCUUGUUUGGCCAUUGAUCUGAGUCGAGAAAGCGACGCAAGAUGAAGUUCAACAUCGCUAACCCGACGACGGGUUGCCAGAAGAAGCUGGAAAUCGAUGACGAUCAGAAACUCCGAGCAUUCUUUGACAAGAGGAUCUCCCAAGAAGUUAGUGGAGAUGCGUUGGGUGAGGAGUUCAAGGGAUAUGUGUUCAAGAUCAUGGGAGGAUGUGAUAAACAGGGAUUUCCCAUGAAGCAGGGCGUACUAACUCCAGGGCGUGUGCGCCUAUUGCUGCAUAGGGGAACCCCUUGCUUUCGUGGAUAUGGAAGGCGUGAUGGUGAGCGCAGGAGAAAAUCCGUUCGUGGUUGCAUUGUCAGUCCUGAUCUGUCGGUUUUGAACUUGGUCAUUGUGAAGAAGGGUGAGAAUGAUCUUCCUGGACUUACUGACACAGAGAAGCCAAGAAUGAGGGGUCCUAAGAGAGCAUCCAAGAUUAGAAAGCUCUUCAACCUUUCCAAGGAAGACGAUGUUCGCAAGUAUGUCAACACAUACAGGAGAACAUUUACGACAAAGUCAGGCAAAAAGUGCAGCAAAGCUCCCAAGAUACAGAGGCUUGUGACCCCACUGACUCUCCAGAGGAAGCGAGCCAGAAUUGCCGAGAAGAAGAGGAGAAUUGUUAAGGCUAAAGCCGAGGCGGCAGAGUAUCAAAAGCUGCUGGCUUCAAGGUUGAAGGAGCAGCGCGACCGCCGAAGCGAGAGCUUGGCAAAGAAAAGGUCCAAGCUUUCUGUAGCUUCAAAACCAUCUGUUUCAGCUUAGGCAACGAUGCCGCAUCUCACCUUGACAAUUUUGGUUUCGAGUCAGUUUUUGCUGCUUUCAAGUUUUAAACAGUGUUGUUUCAACUAUGGCUUGAUUUUUUUUCCCGGUUUAUUAUUUUAAUUUUGUAUCUGAAAAUUUGGGAGUCAUAGCAGUAUCUCUCGAUUCCUGGUUCAUAAGGAACGGUCUUUCAAUUUUAUAUGAAUCAUAGGUUGUGCCUUCACAAAUUAUCAGUUUAUCCAACAAACGCUUCUUCUGUCUUC